GUUAAUAUCGUACGAGUUAAUUGAAGUACUUGUUCAUAUAGUAUGAGUUAGUAUUGUGAAUAAAUGUACCAGAUCAUAAUUCUGUAGAAAACUUGAUCAUAACCAUGUAGAUGUGUUAGUCAAUAAGUGACUAGAUAUACUAGUUCAUAUAUGUGAUUGCAUGUGGUUGUUCAGAUAGGUGGGUAUAUGUAAUUGUUCAUUCGUGAGUAGAAGUAAUUGUUCACAUAUGUGAGAAUAUGUUCUUGUUCAGAUAGGUGGGUAUAUGUAAUUGUGCAUAUGUGAAUAGAAGAACAUGCUUAUAUAUGUUAGUAAAUAAAUGAAAUAAAAUGUUGUGCAUGGGUGCAAGUGGAACAAAGUAACUCAAAGAAGAGAAAGGUUAUACACGAUGUAGUCAGCGGGGGCGAAGGGAAACAAAAGGGUAGCGGAAACGAUGAAGAAGAAUCACUAAGAAGAUCUCCAAGAUUCAAGAGUAAUGUCAACAGAGACAAUUCCGCUGACAUAAGUGAGCGUAAAAUAGUGAAAUAUAAGGCUGUGAAGAUGGAUAAUGAAAAAGAAAGUCGUACCAUGAUGCAUAUCAGGACAUCUCCAAAGUCAUUGUAUGAGGCAAUCGGCUCACUAAGUUUCAGCCAAAAAAAGUGUGUGAUUGAAAUGGGUUUUGGAAGUUUGCUUGAUUUCAAGAUAGCUGGUUUGUCAUCGAGGAUAGUGUAUUAUUUGGUGAAUAAUUUCGACGACAAAAACCUAGUGUUGAAUGUUGGUGCUGGAAAAAUCAUGGUAACCCCAGAUUUAAUUCAUGAUAUAUUAGGAGUGCCAUUAGGUGGUGUUCAACUUGGUAAUAUAGAUGGAGGAGAAGGAAAUGACAACCUGGUAGUAGAAUGGAGUAAACAAUAUAAAGAUAGACAAAUUAGUCUAGUAGAUUUGAAGACAAGGAUUGCUAGAUCUCAGGAGGCAGACUGGAAUUUUAAAAUAAACUUUAUACUCUUGUUUGCUAACACAAUUGCACAAUGCAAAAAAAGAGGCAAAUGUGAUUUAAGCCUUCUAGAUCAUAUCCGUGAAGAUUUUCGUAUUGAGCAGAUAGAUUGGUGUCACUAUGUAUGGCACGCUAUAAGAGGUUGUAAAGAUAAGUGGAAGCUAGGAGUAAUUGGGCAAUACUUUUCUGGGCCGUGUACUUUACUGACGUUGAUAUACGUAGACAGAACCAAAGGAAUAGAUUUUGAGGUGAGACGAACAAGGCCAGCUAUAUUAACAUGGAACAACGAGAAUCUUAAACAAAGAGAGGAAUCAGAAGUAGGGUCGGGUGGAUUUGGUAAUGUAGAGAUGCGUGAACCCUAUGAAGCUAGUGGAGCUGAUGUAGAAAAUUUCACAGUUGAUGUAAAUGGAGAUAUCGAUUUUGUAAGACUCAAUGCUUUCAAACCUGAAGGACUUAAGGGAUAUGUGUACAAGAUAAGUAACUUGUUUAAAUUGUUGAGGCACAACAAUAAUAGUUUGAAGGAAACACUCCAGGAGGCGAAGGAAAAGUAUCCAGAUAACGAUGAUAUUAAAGAGUGGGAGACAAAGGUGAGUGAAAUGAUGUGACACCUAAUCAGGAAUAAACAACAGGUGAUUAAAACUCAGAAUUUGAAUAAAACAUUGGAUUUGGUUUUGCAAACACCAGGGCAGACUAUUGUGAGGAGUGACGUAGGAGGAAAUAAGGGAUUAGUAGUGAUGCAUAACCUACGAGUGAAUGAACAUGAGGUAUUUAAAACUCCAAAAUCGACAAAAACAAUGGAUUUGGUUGUGCACACACCAGGGCAAACUGUCGUGGGAAGUGAUGUCGGAGGAAAGUUGGACUCAUUUGCUGAUGUUGGGCCUAGUGAACUGAUGGAGGAGGAAACAUGGACUCAGAUUUUGCAAGACCCACAGGUGAUUGCAGAGUGUGAUAGAACUAUUAGUGAACUACUGAAUAAGACAAAGAUGAAAGGAGUGGUAAUAAAUGAACAGAGUGCCUAUCUAAAAUUGGGUUGCAAUGAGUUUGAUGAAAGUGAGCUGAAUAAAAAAGGUAAACAAAAUGCAGGGGAUGAAGGUGCAGAUAAGAAGGUGAUUGGCUAUGAGGCGGCUGAUAUUCCUAGUUUUAGCCUAGGAUUCACUCAAGAGAUGAAACUUCCAAAUGUAGCAGAAGUUGUACAUGAACCAGAACGCAUACGAAAGAUAUCUAAUGAGCAACGGGUACCGAAGAUGGGAGUUUCUUCUAAAUCAACCUUUUCCCAGCUUGCGGUUGUGGUGGACCAAAGAUUGAAGAUUGAAGAAGUUAGGGUGCUAAACUAUAUUGAAUCUGAUACCAGGAAGCCAAAUGACAUCUUGUUUGCUACAAGGGAAGGGCAUACAACAUCAUAUUCAGCUAUGGUUAGUUUAGUUACUGAUUUUCUUGUAGUUCCACAAAUGAUCGACUGUUGGGCUGUGCUGUUGAAUAUUGAGGAGGACAAAAGAAGCAAAAAUUCACCAUACCGACUGUUUUGCCACUCAAGAAUGAUGACGAGUAAUAUGGCUGAUAUAAAAAUGGAUGAAAGUUUGCGUUUGAGGCUAUUUAAGUCUCAUCUGAGUGAAGUAUUGAAUGGAAACCCGGUAAUGAUGAAGAUGAUUGGCGUCG